AUGGAGAACCUGACAGAGAACCUAACAGAGAACCUGACAGAGAACCUAACAGAGAACCUGACAGAGAACCUGACAGAGAACCUGACAGAGAACCUGACAGAGAACCUGACAGAGAACCUGACAGAGAACCUGACAGAGAACCUGACAGAGAACCUGACAAAGAACCUGACAGAGAACCUGACAGAGAACCUGACAGAGAACCUGACAGAGAACCUGACAGAGAACCUGACAGAGAACCUGACAGAGAACCUGACAGAGAACCUGACAGAGAACCUGACAAAGAACCUGACAGAGAACCUGACAAAGAACCUGACAGAGAACCUGACAGAGAACCUGACAAAGAACCUGACAGAGAACCUGACAGAGAACCUAACAGAGAACCUAACAGAGAACCUAACAGAGAACCUGACAGAGAACCUGACAGAGAACCUGACAAAGAACCUGACAGAGAACCUGACAAAGAACCUGACAGAGAACCUGACAGAGAACCUGACAGAGAACCUAACAGAGAACCUGACAGAGAACCUAACAGAGAACCUGACAGAGAACCUAACAGAGAACCUGACAGAGAACCUGACAGAGAACCUACAGCUUUCAUAA